CCGGAUUCAGUUUACAGACCCGACGUAAAAUCCGACCCAUUUGCAACCCUAUGUCCACCCGAUGUCGCCGGCAUAAACGGACUCCAAGUCUCUGCCAGUCCUCUCUCCUUUGCUCGCGCUCAAAAUCACCAUUUUUCUAAAUCUUUUGCUGAGGAAUCGUUCAAUGGCGACGAGCUCGGCCGUCGAUGCAUCGGGGAACCCGAUCCCGACGUCGGCGGUUCUGAUGGCGUCAUCUAAGCACAUCGCGGCGGCGUGCAGAUCGGAGAACAUGGCGUUCAUCAACUGCAAGAAGAAGGAUCCGAAUCCUGAGAAAUGCCUCGAAAAGGGCCAGCAAGUCUCACGCUGCGUGCUAACUCUGUUGAAAAGCCUCCAUCAGAGGUGCACAAAAGAGAUGGAUGCUUAUGCAGGAUGCAUGUAUUAUCACACAAAUGAGUUCGACUUGUGUCGUAAAGAACAACAGGCAUUUGAGGCCGCAUGCCCGUGGUCUUCCCAGUAACUCUCGGAGGGAGCUCACAAUGUAUGUUGUUAUUAAUGAAAUAAAUCCUAGACGGAACCUGAAUUUUUGAAUUAAAUUCUUCUCAUCUCAUGAGUUGCAACUUUAACGUGGCAAAUAUAACAACAAAGGCCCUGUUAUGGCCUCUCCGAUAUGGUUGCUGAGAUGUUUAAGUUACUUUGAUGUUUUCCUUUAAUUUGUACUUUGUUGUGUUUUUAGGCCAUUCAAACCUUAACAUUUUGAUUGCUCUGCUAUGUGAGUACAUGGUCACCUUCAUGCCACAUUUCCUUCUGUAUGAAUAUAUGAUACACUUUCAGUCAA